UGCCCACUCGCACAGCCUUCCAUAGCCUUCUUACAUCUCCCUCAAGUGAUCUUGUUCUUCUCAAUCAAAUCCUAGUUAAAAGACUGUGCCCAAGGUGUCCCAGGCAGAGAGGCCAAGACUCGCCAAGACCUGCUAAGCAACUCCAGUCCAAGUCAAGCCAAGCCAAGUCACUAUGGAUAUUGCCAUUCAGUACCCCUGGUUCCGACGCGCCCUGGGCUACCCCUCCCGACUCUUUGACCAGUUCUUCGGGGAGGGCCUGUUUGACUACGACCUCUUUCCUUACGCCACCUCCACUGUCAGCCCUUACUACCGGUAUUCACUCUUCCGCAACUUCCUGGAGUCCUCCAACUCUGGCAUCUCUGAGGUGAGGUCUGACAGGGACAAGUUCACAGUCUUCCUGGAUGUGAAGCACUUCUCCCCCGAGGAGCUUGACGUGAAGGUGGCAGACGACUAUUUGGAGAUCCAUGGCAAGCAUGGGGAGAGACAGGAUGACCAUGGCUACAUCUCCCGUGAGUUCCACCGCCGCUACCGCCUGCCCUCCAACGUGGACCAGUCGGCCGUCACCUGCACCCUGUCUCGUGACGGCCUGCUCACCGUCUGCGGGCCCAAGACAGACGGCUCAGAGACCGGGCGUGGAGAUCGCAACAUUCAAGUCACCCGUGACGACAAGACCAACGCUGCCCCCUCUUCUUAG